GCUGCUGUUGAGCUGUAGCAUGGAAUCCAAGUGUCUUGAAGAGGAGCUAACCUGUGUGAUAUGUCUGGGCCUUUACAAAGAGCCUGCAGUUUUGCCCUGCCAGCACAGCUUCUGUCUCAGGUGUAUCCAAGAUUACUGGGUCAACAAGGAUAAUAAGGACGUGUACGACUGCCCUCAGUGCCGCUGUGCCUUUCCCAGUCCACCCAGCCUGGAGAAGAACUUCACCCUCUGCAACAUUGUGGAGAAACUCUGGGUGCGCAGGUCUCAGCCUGACGUCUUGGUUCCCGGUGUCCUUUGUGAUUUCUGCAUGGACGUGUCCUCCCGCGCCAUCAAGACCUGUCUGAAGUGCGAAACGUCCUUCUGUUCCUUCCACCUACAGACACACAUCACUAAGCUUGACCCGAAAGAGCACAAGCUUGUGAACCCCAUUGGCUCCUUCUUGGAAAGGAAGUGUUCUGAGCAUGGGAAGACCCUGGAGUUCUACUGUAGAGAAGACCAGUGCUGUGUCUGUGUGUCCUGCACUGUCCUUGGGAACCACAGGAAUCAUACUGUAAUCUCCCUAGAGGAGGCAGCUAAUGAAGAACUGAAGGAGGAGAUAUCAGGGAUUCACGAAAACUUGUUUAAUGUCAGCAGAGUGAAGCUGUUCCUGAAAAGGGCGGAAGCUGAUUUAAAGGUGUCCAUUGAGAACUUGAAAAAGCUCACGUCCCACAUGUUCAUGGAGCUCCAGAAACGAAUGAAGGAGGAUGAGCUGUACAUGCUGAGGCAGAUUGAUUCGGAGGGGAGUGAGGUGGUGGCCAGGAUUGAACAGCACUGCCAGGAGAUCGAGGGAACAGCACAGAGCAUGAAGCUGCGACUGGAUGACACGCAGGAUAUGAUGAACAGAGACCCAUUUUCCCUCAUCCAGGCCACUCAUCAAUCAACGUCUAGAGAUAAAAAGAAAAUGGAUAUUCUGGAGCCCCAACCCACUGAUGUUACUUUGGACGAAGAUAAAGUACUAAAAAUCCUGAAGGAGAGGUUACACGAGACCCAGAUGUACCAAACUGCAACAUGGAACAUACUGAUUCGUCAGAGCUUGACCUUUGAUGUGAACACCACCCAUCCUAACUUAAUUGUAUCAGAGGAUCAGAAGACUGUGAGCUGGUCAGACUCCAGACAGGCUUAUCCUCCGCAUCAGGAAAGAUUCAGCUUCGAUCCGCAGGUCCUUUGCACCAAUUUCUUUCACUCUGGAACCCACACGUGGGAUGUGUGUGUGAGUGGCGACUCAUUCAAGAUUGGAAUUGCUUACCGGAGCCUGGACAGGAAAAAACUUCUGCCUUCCUUUUUAGGGCACAACAGCAUGUCCUGGUGCAUCAGUUACAUCAAGGGAGACAUUAAAGCUUGGCACCACAACAUCUGCACCAAUGUGGCCCAGAUCGAUAGCCCUCCUUGUAUCAGGGUUAAUUUGGAUUAUGAGGCUGGGACACUUGCUUUCUACCACACAGCCAAUACCUUGCUACACUUAUAUACAUUCAAAACAACUUUCAGUGAACCAGUAUAUCCAGCUUUCAAAUGUGGGGAAAACACAUCUAUUACACUUUGCUAAAUUGGAGGCCCUUUUCUAUAAGAAUAGUAGAGCAGAAAACAAUUCAUUACCCCUUCCCCCAACCUAAUUUUGGUAUUACUGUUAAUUUAUUUCCAUUUUGCCCUGUGUAAGUGUCAUUACUAAUGUAAAAUUAAAAAUAAAUGUUCAUUUACAACAGCACAGGAGGAAUUUCUCUAGGUAGGUGAUUUUUUCAUCGCAUUGCAUCACUAUAACACUAAGAUCUGGUUUCACAUCUGGAUCUUUAGAAUAACUAG